AUGCCGGUAAUGUUACUUGAGAAUUACGGCAUCAAUUGCUAUCUGGACGUAGCUAAUAUGAUGUAUAAGCCGCCGCCCGCCGAGCACCCCAGCGACGACGAGUUACCCUCCGCCGGGGAUGUCAACAGUCUGGCCCACCUGUUCAAGAAUUGGGGCUGGUGGCACUCGAUCCUCUUCCUCAUCAUCAUGAUUGUUGCCGCUGGCUUGCACCGCGCGGUCCAAUGUUAUAUCAAACGUAAGUUUGAUAUCCGCCGCGCCCGGUAA